AUGAGGCACUCGGUCCGCCUAACGCAGGCGCAGAGGGAGGCCCGCGAUCGGCGUCUCUACCGGCUGGCUUGGCAGCACCAGGUCGUCACGUUGACGAAGCGGACGCCCUGCCCCAGUGGCGUACAGAAAGGCCGGCGUGUGAAUCCAAGGAGAGCUGCUGCAAACCGGCGAGACACAGCUGGCCGGCAAGACGCAGAUGUACUUGGUCACACCAAGGCUCCAACCGCAGCCGCAGUCAGCGGUCCCGCAGCCGACGCAAGUGCCGCAGCAGGUCCGGCUGAGACGCCUCCACAGGUCAGCAUCAUGACCGGGGAUCAACUGUCGGCGUUCCACGACGGCACACCUGAUGUCGUCUACCGAAGAAACCUCACGCUGUCAGACGAGAAUGGCAGGGUCCUGCUGCAACGCUUCGGACCAUCCAGCUACGGGGUGCACAAAGCCAUGAAAACGGAGAUGUUGCGCGGCCGAUACUUGUACGACCAGGUCGUCUUGCUUGCCCGGUGCCACAAGCACGUCCUGAAUCGAAGGACCAGGUCCAUCUUCCCCCACUAUCACUUUGGAGCCUGGUUUCCACAAGGCCAGACGUAUCUAAGAGUGACCUCAGAGACGCUCCAGCGCCGCAACAAGGACGGGCAGCUCGCCGUCGCGGCUUUCUUGGCAUGGCUCCGGAACUACGUCUCGUGCUUUGUCCAGCCUCUCACCAAUGUCUCCUCGGAGGCCAUGGAGCACCACACCAGCUGUCAAGUCAAUGAAGGAGAGCGCAACGACGCUCUUGGCCAACAGCUUCACCCCACCUUCUGCAAGGAAUUCAAGCAGCGAGAGGAGCACUACAAAUGGCUGCAGCAACGCCUACCCGACGCCGAUUGCCUUUGUCACCCCCUCUUCUCCACCUGUUCGCCGUUCCAUGGAUUCUCAGAAAAGGCCCAUAUCGAUACCAAUGACCUGCCUGGUACAAUCCUGCUCAACUUUGGGGCCCACGCCCUGCUCCAUCUGACCGACUACGGGACCAAGGUCGAAUUGACCCCGGGAGAUAUUGUCUUCCUCGACGCUCACAGCGUUCGGCACCGGACCGAGCCUCAUCCUGUCGAUGCAGGAAACAAUCUUCCAGAGGCCAAUAGGUGGGCGGUGUCAUGCUUCUACCGCACGGGUAUUAGGUCGCAGUACGAAACAGUGGAUAUUUCAGAGGGGGACCUGCGCACGAUGAUGGCCAGAGAGGCGGAGAGCUACAGCAAACCUCGAGCUCGAAAGAGUCGCCGCUGCUGA